AUGAGUCCUCAGAGGCUUAAGAAGUUCAUAUCCAAAUUUCGCAAGUCAAACUCUGCCUCACCUCAUGUUUCACCCCCUCCAACGCCAAUUUCUCAGUCUUCCUCGCCCCUUCAGACACCAAUCUCAACAGCAAACAACCUCAAAGAGCGGCUUUGGAACGAGGCGUACGACAACCUGAAGCGGAGCGAAUCCAAGUUAGUCGAAACAUACGAGAACCUCCUAUCGGCCGAACUUCCCGGUGAUAGUCAUACUCCUGCCGCUUCAGCUGAAAACCACAUCAAACCUGACCCGCAGGAAAGAUGGCACCAGAUGGAGCUUCUUGUCCAGGUCGGGCUGCAGAAGACGAAAAAGGAGGCAGAAUUCAAACAGAAAGCCAGCGACGUGAUUCGGGUCAUCUCCCCUCUGAAGGAAGUAAUCGGGAAGGCUGUACAGGCUGCUCCCGAAGCUGCUAUCGCUUGGGUUGGCGUCUCUUUUGCUCUUGAGAUACUUGCCAACCCAGUCUUCGAAUCAGUUACUCAACGCAAUGGCAUUGAAUACGUUGUUUCCAUGAUGGACUGGUACUGGAACUUGGUUAAUCUCCUCCUCAAACCGAAGGAUGCCGGCCCGGAUUUUGAAGGGCUGCGUAGUCAGCUUCAGAAGCACAUCGUCUAUCUUUACCAGAUGCUCUUGCUCUACCAGAUGAAGAGCAUCUGCCUUUACCACAGGAGCCGGGUUGAUGUUUUCCUCAGAGACGUUAUUAAGUUGGAUGAUUGGGCUGGCAAGCUUGACGACAUCAAGGUUGUUGAAGCUGACGUGCGGAGAUGCUCGAAGCAAUACACCUCCGAAAAGACACUUCAAAGCCUUGAAUCCCUAGAAGACGCCGCAAAUUCUCAGCUCAAGGAACUUCAACUUUUACCUAAGAUGCUUCAAAAUAUUGAAGUUGCUAUUCAACACCACACCAAGCGACAAGAGGAGAUGCAACAGAGUGAGGAAUUCAAGAAAUGCCUGGCCGACCUACGUGUUACCGACCCACGCGACGACAAGAAACGCAUCCAGGAGACCAAGGGCGGUUUACUUACUGACUCCUACGUCUGGGUGCUUCAGAACUCCGACUUCUGCCAGUGGCGUGACAACCAGGACCAGCGACUGCUUUGGGUCAAGGGCGACCCGGGCAAGGGCAAGACCAUGCUUCUAUGCGGCAUCAUCGACGAGCUUGAAGCAACACGCGGUCAGGGGCAACCCUUGUCCUACUUCUUCUGUCAAGCCACCGACGAGCGACUUAAUACGGCGACGGCGGUACUGCGCGGCUUGAUCUUCAUGCUUCUCGACCAAGACCCGUCCCUUGUUUCGUAUAUGAAGAAGUACGAAAAGGCUGGGAAGGCGCUUUUUCAAGACGUCAACGCAUGGCAGGCGAUGUCUGAGAUCUUUGCAAAUAUGCUCCACGAUUCGAAGCUGCGAGGUGUGUGCCUUCUUGUCGAUGCAUUAGACGAGUGCUUAACGGGCCGCGAUCAGCUGCUCGACCUGAUUACCAAAACAUCGCAAUCAACCAGUGUAAAAUGGCUCGUCUCAAGCCGCAACUGGUUGCGGAUCGAAGAACGGCUGCGUACCGCAGCGCAAAGGCUAUCACUAGAACUUAAUGCAAAGUCGGUCUCAACAGCUGUGGACAGCUACAUCACGCUCAAGAUAUCAAAACUCGGCGAACUCAAGGGCUACUCACCCAAUACCGCCAGUGAAGCACGUCAGUAUUUGUCGUCAAAUGCCGCCGGCACAUUUCUCUGGGUCGCAUUAAUUUGCCAAGAACUCGAGAAGACAUCAGAAUGGGACGCCUUAGAGAAGAUAAAAUCUUUCCCACCUGGACUUAAUGCUCUCUAUGGACGGAUGAUGGAACAAAUUGAUAGAGAAGGAGAAAGGGACACUGGGCUCUGUAGGCAAAUACUUGCCCUCGUGGUGACGACCUAUCGCCCACUUUCACUAGCUGAGUUCACCAUACUCAUCAAGGAGCAUCAUCCCCUGGCGAGCAAUCCUAAAUUCCUCCGGUAUAUCAUUAGCAUCUGCGGCUCUUUUCUCACUAUUCGCCAGGACACAAUCUACUUUGUCCACCAGUCGGCCAAGGAUUUCUUGAUGAACGAGGCAUACCCAGCACUUGGCCAGAUUCUACCUUCUGGCAUUGCACACCAGCACCACGCGAUCUUCUCAAGGUCUUUAGAUGUACUAUCUAGGACGCUUAGACGCGACAUCUAUGAGCUGCGCAAACCUGGAAGCUCUAUAGAGGACACAUCACCACCUCACCCAGACCCUCUGGCUUCUCUGAAGUACUCGUCUGCCCACUGGGUCGACCAUCUUGAGCACUCAAAUCCCACAGACGGCCCGGCGCGCGUUGAUUUACGGGACAACGCUAGCGUUCACAAUUUCCUCAAACGCCAUUAUCUCCACUGGCUAGAGGCUCAGAGUCUUCUGAAAGGCAUGCCACAAGCAGUAGUGGCAAUGCGGAAACUCCAAACAUUGGUCCAGACGCUCGAGGGCCACAGCAACUCCGUCAGGUCGGUGGCCUUCUCGCCGGAUGGGCGCCAGCUCGCCUCAGGCUCCAACGACAAGACCGUCAAGCUCUGGGACACGGCCACCGGCCAGUGCCAGCAGACGCUCGAGGGCCACAGCGACUGGGUCAACUCGGUGGCCUUCUCGCCGGAUGGGCGCCAGCUCGCCUCAGGCUCCGACGACAAGACCGUCAAGCUCUGGGACACGGCCACCGGCCAGUGCCAGCAGACGCUCGAGGGCCACAGCAGCUACGUUAGGUUGGUGGCCUUCUCGCCGGAUGGGCGCCAGCUCGCCUCAGGCUCCCGCGACAAGACCGUCAAGCUCUGGGACACGGCCACCGGCCAGUGCCAGCAGACGCUCGAGGGCCACAGCGACUGGGUCAACUCAGUGGCCUUCUCGCCGGAUGGGCGCCAGCUCGCCUCAGGCUCCCGCGACAAGACCGUCAAGCUCUGGGACACGGCCACCGGCCAGUGCCAGCAGACGCUCGAGGGCCACAGCAGCUCGGUCAACUUGGUGGCCUUCUCGCCGGAUGGGCGCCAGCUCGCCUCAGGCUCCGACGACAAGACCGUCAAGCUCUGGGACACGGCUACCGGCCAGUGCCAGCAGACGCUCGAGGGCCACAGCAGUUACGUCAACUUGGUGGCCUUCUCGCCGGAUGGGCGCCAGCUCGCCUCAGGCUCCGACGACAAGACCGUCAAGCUCUGGGACACGGCCACCGGCCAGUGCCAGCAGACGCUCGAGGGCCACAGCAGUUACGUCAACUUGGUGGCCUUCUCGCCGGAUGGGCGCCAGCUCGCCUCAGGCUCCGACGACAAGACCGUCAAGCUCUGGGACACGGCCACCGGCCAGUGCCAGCAGACGCUCGAGGGCCACAGCAGUUACGUCAACUCAGUGGCCUUCUCGCCGGAUGGGCGCCAGCUUGCUUCAGGCUCCGACGACAAGACCGUCAAGCUCUGGGACACGGCCACCGGCCAGUGCCAGCAGACGCUCGAGGGCCACAGCAGUUACGUCAACUCGGUGGCCUUCUCGCCGGAUGGGCGCCAGCUCGCCUCAGGCUCCCUCGACAAGACCGUCAAGCUCUGGGACACGGCCACCGGCCAGUGCCAGCAGACGCUCGAGGGCCACAGCAGCUCGGUCAACUUGGUGGCCUUCUCGCCGGAUGGGCGCCAGCUUGCCUCAGGCUCUGACGACAAGACCGUCAAGCUCUGGGACACGGCUACCGGCCAGUGCCAGCAGACGCUCGAGGGCCACAACAGCUUGGAGAACGUAUUCGAGGUAGCGAUCCAGGAACCAACUGGAGACCUUAUGGCAGUUGAUGGGAUACACAGGCGAGUUGAGGGCGGCAUGAAGAAGUACCCCAGCCGUUUGGCAAUGUACCCCGUACGCGCCAAGACCGACUGGUCUGUGCUCAACUAA